AUGAACGAUGACCGGCGACCCUCUGUGGCGAGUGCAAAUACCGUGAGUAGCACAGGCUCCAGAGGAAGCACAGGGAGGAUUCACCGAAAGCUCCAUGGCAUGUUCGGCGAUGACCAGUCCGGACGAGAAUCUCGUCAGGGCUCAAAUACAAGCCUUCCCAUGUCGGCAAAGGAAAACUCAAAUCAGUCACAGCGUGGGCGGGACCACUUUCUGGGAGAACCUUCCAUGAGUCGAUCAGAAUCGCCGUUCGGUUCCCGGCCACGAACACCUCUUCCCUCUAGUGAUGUUGUGCCAUGGGUGUUCCAAGAUUUUAAGGACAUUCCCAAUUACGGCGACGCACCAAUCCGGGAGGCUCCUUCCUCAACUGACAUACACCGGUACGCGGGUGAUAAUAAUCAAGCAGAUCGGAACAAUGGCUCUUCCACACGUGAACCCCAUCAACAUUCUCACAGAUUUCACUUGCACAGGCACCAUAAGAGUAAAGAAGACGCUAAACCACCUCCUCGAGAUCAAAGAACCGCGGAGCUUUUGCGCACCGCAGGUGUUGGAGAUGGAUCGGCACUAAGUCUAAAGGGACAUCCAGCUUUCAGCUCCCGAGCCUCAGUUGCCUCAGGAGCAACAAGUCCUACGCCAAGUUCCUACAGUGCUACGAAUCGUGACCCAAUGAACAACAUGAGAAUGCAAAGUAACGCGAGCAAACGCUCGCUUUUUGACAAAUUCAAGCGCGGGAAUCGGCAUAAAGAUGACAAAGGUGCUGCUGCCGAUGAGCUCAACAGUCUUCCCGGCUCCACUAGAUCCCUAGUGGACAACCAGAACAACCAGAACAUGGCCCCAAAACCUUCCAGGCUAGAAUCUUCCACGGGAAGUCUGAAACGCCGGGGCCCCAGUUUGGCCGGCUCGGAUAUCACUCUGAAACCCGGGUCUCAAGAUCAUGGUCAGCCGGCGCCAAUUUCACGGAAGGAAUCUAUGGUUCCCAAGGUUCCUGGUCACGGGCGUCUUAAGGGAGCUGUUAGACGUGGACUGAGCUCCGAUGUGCAAACCGGUAAAGACCUUGCCAGCCGUAAAGGCAGCCAGGCGAUCAAUUCGUGGUUCGACCUGGACACAGACCUUAGCCGCAUGGAAGGAAUCGUCACUCAACCUCCACCGUUACAUCCAGCGGACGGCGAAGUGUUCGCCGGCGGUCCGACAACUGACGAACAACGCUCUGAGAUACUUGAGGUUAAUGCCUCCCGCGGAAGCGGCGCUUGGGAUGCGCCCGACAGCUGGGCGGUCAAGAAGGUGGGAGAUGACAACAUGAGUCGUCUGCCAGAGAUUGAUGAGGCCGGCAUUCCACAUAAAGACGUGGACGAUGGCCAUCAGUACUGCAUCCGCAUUUUCCGUGCUGAUUCCACGUUUGCGACCCUCUCCACCGGCCUCAACAGUACCGCAACGGAGAUACUCCACACUUUAGGCCGAAAAUCGUUUCUCCAAGACGAGCUAGGGAAUUAUCAGAUCAUCUUGCGCAAGCACGAUUUACAGCGACAAUUGGAAGCGGGCGAGAGACCGGUAGCAAUCCAGAAGCGGCUUUUGGAACAGGCAGGAUACACGAGCAAAGAUCACAUUGAUGAGAUUGGUAGAGAGGAUAAUAGCUACUUGUGUCGCUUCACGUUUGUACCUGCUAAGCUGAGCGGGUUUUCCAGCCUCGAGCGCGACCCAGGCUUCAGCAAGAUGCAGAAGUUCAGUCACAUUGACCUCCAGGGCCGCAACCUGAUCACUAUCCCCAUCACCCUGUAUCGGAAAGCCACCGAAAUCAUUUCUUUAAAUCUUUCGCGAAAUUUGUCGCUCGAUGUACCAAAAGACUUCAUUCACAGCUGCAUCAAUCUGCGCGAGCUCAAGUAUGUCAGCAACGAGGCCUGGCACCUUCCGCCCAGUUUGAGUCUUGCAAGUCGACUCACAGUAUUGGAUAUCUCAAACAACAAAUUGGAACAGUUGGAGCAUGCCGAUCUGAGCAAGCUCACCAGCCUCGUGAGCAUCAAACUGGCGAACAAUAAGCUCAAGUACCUGCCAGAGUAUUUUGGCGACUUCACCCAAUUAAGGAGUCUCAACCUCUCAUCGAAUUACCUUGAAUCUUUUCCCGAUUUCCUUUGUCGUCUUAAAUCGCUGGUCGAUUUGGACAUCAGCUUUAAUGCCAUCAAGAAUCUGCCCGACAUUGGUCAAUUGACCACCUUGGAGCGGUUUUGGGCGACCAACAAUCGUUUGACUGGGUCUUUCCCUGAGGGUUUCAAAGAGCUCUCGAGCCUCAAGGAACUGGAUGUGCGAUACAAUGCCCUCUCCAACAUUGAUGUUGUCGCACAACUACCACAGUUGGAGCAGCUCAUGGCUGGCCAUAACUCGGUGCCCGGUUUCACCGGUACAUUUGAAAAGAUCCGGACGUUUUACCUGAACCAUAAUCCAGUCACCCGCUUUACAGUUACUACUCAAAUUCCGACAAUGACUACACUGAGUAUUGCGUCGGCGAAAUUGUCGGAAUUGCAGGACGAUUUUGCUGAGCAAUUGCCCAACUUGACCAGGGUGAUCCUCGACAACAACCAUCUCGUCUCGCUUGGCCCGCAAAUCGGAAAGUUGCGCAAGCUCGAGCAUUUGAGCUUGGCCAAGAAUCAGCUGAACAACCUUCCGGCCGAAAUCGGCUUACUGCAAGAAUUACGCUUCCUGGACCUGCGUGAAAAUAAUUUGAAGAAGCUGCCUUCCGAAAUUUGGUGCGCUCUUCGCUUGGAUACGCUCAACGUCUGCUCCAACGUGCUCGAUGUCUUCCCUAAGCCACCACCGCUGUCGCAGCUGGAGGCAGGCGUAAAUAACAAUCUUGCAAAUCCUACUGGAGGAGUUUCGUCGCUAUCAUCGAGCCCGAGUUUUGAAGAACUUGGAAAACUCGAAGAUUUCCAAGCGCGACGGCCGAGUCAUGCUUCAUCUACGUUGCUCAGUGUUGGAAGCUCUCCAGCCACCUCAUACCGCAAAGGAUCGAUCGCGUCUAUGUAUGGCCCGGGCGGAAGAAAAACCUCAACUACUUCGAGAACGCCGACGGAUGGCAUGAUAACUCCCGUCGCACGAAAGGAUUCGAGUUUCUCAACAAGGGUUGCCAGCACAUUUGCUGGCUCGCUCCGCCACCUCUUUCUAGCGGACAAUCGCUUGACUGACGACGUUUUUGACGAGAUCACAUUGCUGCCCGAAUUACGGAUAUUGAAUCUUUCUUAUAAUGAGCUCUAUGAUAUUCCGCAGCGGUCCCUUCGACGUUGGCCUCAUCUCGCAGAGCUUUUCGUAUCCGGAAACGAACUUUCGUCUCUCCCUUCAGAUGAUUUUGAGGAGGGCAGCUCUCUCAAGGUCCUUCACAUCAAUGCAAACAAGUUCCAAGUUUUGCCUGCGGAGCUCGGGAAGGUCAACAAGCUUACCAUUUUGGACGUGGGCAGUAAUUCGCUCAAAUACAAUGUUUCAAACUGGCCGUAUGACUGGAACUGGAACUGGAAUCACAACCUGAAAUAUCUCAACUUAUCUGGCAACAAGAGAUUGGAAAUCAAGCCCAACCCCUCUUCAUAUAAUUAUGGUUCUAGCGGUGCUAGAGAAGGCCGCGAUCUUACCAAUUUUAACUCCCUCACGUCUCUUCGAGUCCUUGGACUAAUGGAUGUAACCUUGACGAUCCCCUCGGUCCCCGAGCAGACAGAGGAUCGAAGAGUCCGUACAUCCGGUUCGUUGGCUGGUUCCAUGACGUACGGAAUGGCGGACAGUCUUGGCCGGAAUGAGCAUCUCUCCACCAUCGAUAUGAUAGUCCCCAAAUUCCGUGGUCAUGAGACUGAGACGCUUCUUGGAAUGUUUGACGGGCAAGCCUUGUCAAGCGGCGGCUCAAAGGUUGCCAAGUUUCUGCAAGAAAACUUUUCGUUCCAAUUUGGCGAAGAGCUUAAACGCCUUGAAAGCCUGCGGGAAACGCCAGUCGAUGCCCUACGCCGGGCGUUCCUCGCCUUGAAUAAGGACUUGGCCACUGUUGCCAGCCAGUCCAUGGAUGAGAAGGAGCUUCGAGGCUCACAGCUGGGGCAUCGAGGCUCCAUUGUAGCUCCCAUACUAAGCUCGGAUGAUCUUGCAUCGGGAAGCGUUGCCACCGUGCUGUUCCUUCAGGGGAUGGAGUUAUAUGUUGCAAACGUGGGUGACGCACAGGCAAUGCUUGUUCAUUCCGAAGGCGGUUAUCGGAUCCUUACUAGGAAGCAUGACCCGGCUGAGCCGAGUGAGCGCCAGCGCAUCCGGGAGGCGGGUGGCUACGUAUCAAGACAGGGAAAGCUCAACGAUGUCCUGGAUGUAUCCCGUGCAUUUGGAUACACCCAGCUGAUGCCCGCUGUGAUGGCUGCGCCGCACGUUUCUCAGAUAACGCUCAAGGAGCAGGAUGAGAUGGUUUUAAUCGCGUCAAAAGAGCUGUGGCAGUAUCUUACCCCAGACGUUGCGGUUGACAUUGCUCGUCAGGAGCGAGGUGACCUAAUGCGGGCAGCGCAAAAAUUGCGGGAUCUUGCCAUUGCAUUUGGCGCGACGGGCAAGAUCAUGGUUAUCAUGAUUGGUGUUGGCGACUUGAAAAAGAGAGAGCGGGCUCGUAAUCGUGCCCAGAGCAUGUCUAUGGGACCUUUGGGCUCGCCAGAUGAACAGGUCUUCUCGUCUAAGCGUGGAAAACGGCCUCGAGAUGCUGUCAACGAUUCCACUUUAGCCAGGCUAGAUCAGGAAGUCGAAGCCCCCACUGGCGAUGUAAGCUUGGUCUUUACGGACAUUAAAAACUCCACGCUUCUUUGGGAGACAUAUCCGAUUGCUAUGCGCUCUGCAAUCAAGAUCCACAACUCCAUUAUGCGCCGGCAGCUUCGUAUCAUUGGUGGAUACGAAGUAAAAACAGAGGGAGACGCAUUCAUGGUGUGCUUCCCGACAGCAACAUCAGCCUUAUUAUGGUGCUUCUCCGUUCAAAGUCUGUUACUGGAAGCGCCUUGGCCGAGCGAGAUUUUGAAUAGUGUACAUGGGCAAGAGGUCCAAGAUGCUGAUGGCAACGUCAUUUUCCGCGGUCUUUCGGUACGAAUGGGCAUUCACUGGGGAUGUCCCGUGUGCGAGCCUGACCCCAUUACCAACCGGAUGGACUACUUCGGUCCAAUGGUCAACCGAGCCUCACGAAUAUCUGCUGUUGCAGAUGGCGGUCAAAUUACCGUUUCUUCAGACUUCAUCACUGAGAUCCAAAGGACUCUAGAAGCAUAUUCGGAAUCAGACCGCACAGCGUCCACCGGCUCUGAAGAUUCAAUGUACGAUGAUGCGAUGGGUCAAGCCAUUCGGCGCGAGCUUCGAUCUCUCAGUAGCCAAGGGUUUGAGGUCAAGGAACUGGGUGAGCGUAAACUCAAGGGACUCGAAAAUCCCGAAUAUGUCUAUCUUAUGUUCCCUCAUUCAUUGGCGGGCCGCCUGAUUGUUCAGCAGCAGCAGCAGGCAGAUGCCGAAGCUGCUCAGGCAGCAAAUAACCCUGGUAGCAAGAGCAAGGAUAGUCAACUCACCAUUGACACACAGAUGGUCUGGGAUCUGUGGAGCAUCAGUUUACGGCUAGAGAUGCUUUGCAGUACAUUGGAGUGUCCCGGCUCAACGGAGCUCAAGGCACCCGAGACAGCAAUCUUGGAACGGAUGAAGAGUCGUGGUGGUGAAGUCACGGACCGAUUCCUGGUCAAUUUCGUCGAGCACCAGGUUUCAAGAAUCGAGACGUGUACCACAACACUCGCUAUGCGGCACCUUGUGCGACCCUUCCGCGCCCAUCGCAAUAUUCUCGAGGACGCUUGUCCUAUGGGAGACAUCUUUGCGGGCCUCCACAAGGAGCUGGCCGACCUGAAAGCUCUCAAGGCACGCCUCGAGUCUGGCUCAAAGAAUUGA